AAUCCAGGCAGAGGCGAGACUAGACCAGACAAGCCUAAUUUUUUCUGGUUUCUUUCUAAUCGUCUGUCUUUCACACCAACGUCUCCUCUUGUUUCAACGGUGUAUUAGUGGCUUAAGAUUUGCUUAGAGGGAGGACUGUCGUGAAGUUCCUCGAGUCCUCUCAAUUACUCGAGCUAGAUCACUUCGAGAGAGGUAGUCUGGGUGUUUCGGAACUCUAAACAACAAACGUAUUGUGAUGGACCCUGCGCUACUGAAAGAAAGAGAUGCAUUUAAAAAGAGGGCCAUGGCCACUCCUGUGGUCGAAGCCCGAAAACGCGACCGCGAUUCAUCGGCGGGAAACGCGGCAUCUCAACCAAAGAAAAAAGUCAAACCACCGAAGCCAAAAGACGCGUACAACUACAAGACCACUUCUGGGGGCUCACAGUACAAUUUCAGUGUCCUAGCCAAAAUUGUGAAACACAUGAAGCAAAGGCACUUGGAAGGAGACACGCACCCAUUGUCGCUCGAAGAGAUUUUGGACGAGACAAACCAGUUGGACCUUGGAGCACGGCAAAAGCACUGGCUGUCGACAGAGGCCUUGCAAAACAACCCUAAGCUUCAAGUGACGCUAGACGGCAAGUACUGCUUCCGGCCUGCCUACAACCUCAAGGAUCGCAAGAGUCUUCUGCGGCUACUAGACAAACACGACCAGCGGGGCCUUGGAGGCGUGCUGCUGGAGGAUGUGCAGGAAUCGUUGCCCAAUGUGGAACGCCACCUCAAGGCACUGGGCGACAGUGUCAUCUACGUGGUGCGCCCUGUCGACAAAAAAAAGGUGCUCUUCUACAACGACAAGUCCCUGCAGUUCAACGUUGAUGAGGAGUUCCAAAAGCUUUGGAGAAGUGUUGCUGUUGAAGGUAUAGAUGACCAGAAGAUCGAGGAGUACUUGCAGAAACAGGGCAUCACAUCAAUGCAGGACAUGGGUGUCAAGAAAGUGAAUGUUGCCCAGAAGCGGAAGAAGCCGUCAUCGAAGAGGGCGAAAUCGUUCAAGAAGCACAACGACCACAUGGGAGACAUUCUAGAAGAUUACACUGACAAGUAGAUUUUAUAGAUGUUAGGAGUGUACAUAUGACUUGUAAAUUUUCAUGUAACAAUUCUGUGAAGGAGGGCUGUAACAUAAUGUACUGUCAUUCAUGACAAGGAGCUAGUAAAACAAAGGUUGCUGGCUGCUGCUGAGAUGCACCAUGGCAUACUGAAGUCAGGGAUGUUUGACAUUAAACCAAAAGGUGCUCCCAGCUGAACUGUGUUGAUCUGUCUUUUCUUAGUAUAUUCUUAGGCUAUGAUCUCUCGAUAAAAAGUUUCCUUUC